CCCUCCCCGCCUCCCAGGCCGGGGGCAUUGUUCCCUGGGAAGGUCCAGACGGAGGCUGGCGGCCGGGGCCAUGGGGGCCUGGCCCCCUUUGCCGCCGCCGGGCCAGGGUCUGGGGGUCCCCCCGAGGGGCCUCUGAGCCGAGCCUGCCCCAGCCUGCCUGCCGGGGUCCCUGCCCCAGCUGCCCUUCCCCCUUCCCCCGCUCUCCCUGCGCUUUCGCUCUCUCGGGGCUCCCGCGGCCAUGGUGGACCCCGUGGGCUUCGCUGAGGCGUGGCGGGCGCAGUUCCCGACCUCGGAACCUCCCCACAUGGAGCUGGGCUCGGUGAGCGCCAUCGAGCAGGAGCUUCAGCGCUGUCAGGCAUCCAUCCGGAGGCUGGAGCUGGAGGUGAAUCAGGAGCGAUUCCGCAUGAUCUACCUGCAGACCCUGCUGGCCAAGGAGAGGAAGAGCUACGACCAACGGCGCUGGGGCUGCCCGGCCUCCGAGCCCUCCGACAGCAGCCCGGGCCAGGGCGAGCCCCAGGCCGACCCGGGGGGCCGGGAGAGGCUGCCGCGGGCUCCCCAGGACGCGGAGGGCUCGCCCCAGCACCCCCGGGCGCCCCCGCGGAGCAGCAGUGCCGGCGGCGGCGCCCGGGCCCAGCCGCCCAGCGUGGCCGCUCUAAGGUCCACCUUCGAGAGGGCCCGCCCCGGCCCUGGGAGCUGCGGGGAGGAGAAGCCCUUUUACGUGAACGUGGAGUACCACCACGAGCGGGGGCUCGUGAAAGUCAAUGACAGGGAGGUCUCGGACCGGAUCAGCUGCUUGGGCAGCCAGGCCAUGCAGCAGGAGCGCCAGAAGACGGCGGGGCAGCCCGGCCAGCCACCUGCCGCGGCCCCCGCAGGGCCCGCCGCCGGGCUUGCCGCGCCGGCAGCCCGGCCAGGCUCCUGCGAGCCGGGGGGCGAGUAUGAGGACGCCGAGCUGAACCCGCGCUUCCUGCGGGACAACCUGAUCAGCGCCCGGCUGCCCGGCGACUACCAGCCCUACCAGAGCAUCUACGUGGGGGGGCUGAUGGCGGACGAGGGCCGGGGGCCGGCGGCCUGGCGGGAGCAGGACAAGCCGCUCACCUGGCCUCGCAGGUCCAACUCCCCCCGCAGCUUCGAGGACAUCGGGGGCGGCUACACCCCGGACUGCAGCUCCAACGAGAACCUCACGUCCAGCGAGGAGGACUUCUCCUCGGGCCAGUCCAGCCGCGUGUCCCCCAGCCCCACAGCCGGGGGCCCCCUGGACCACGACAAGAGCCGCUCCCCCUCUCAGAACUCGCAGCAGUCCCUGGGGAGCAGCAGCCCCCCAACCCCCCAGGCCCAGAAGCGGCCCAGGCCCGGCCAGGUCAUUGUGUCUGAAGCCACUAUCGUGGGGGUGCGGAGGACGGGGCAGAUCUGGCCCAGUGACGAGCCUGCCAGAGGAGACCCAGACACGGCAUUCGGCACCCCACCAGGCUAUGCCUAUGACGCCGACCACGCGGAGGAGCAAAGGCGCCAGCAGGACCGGAUGCCCUACAUCGACGACUCACCCUCCUCCUCGCCCCGCCUCAGUAGCCAGAGCAGGGUCAGCCGGGACGGCCUGGCCUCAGGCACGAGCGAGCUGGACUCGGAGAAGGGCCUGGAGAUGAGACGAUGGGUCCUGUCAGCCAUCCUGGACAGUGAGAAAACCUACCUGGGCCACUUGGAGGCCCUGCUGCUGCCCAUGAAGCCCCUGAAGGCUGCAGCCACCACGUCACAGCCGGUGCUGACGGGGCAGCAGAUCGAGACCAUCUUCUUCAAGGUGCCCGAACUCUAUGAGAUCCACAAGGAGUUCUAUGAUGGGCUAGGCCCCCGCGUGGAACGCUGGAGCCAGCAGCAGCGGGUUGGCGACCUCUUCCAGAAACUAGCCAGCCAGCUUGGUGUGUACCGGGCCUUUGUGGACAACUACGAGGCUGCUAUUGAAAUGGCGGACAAGUGCUGCCAGGCCAACGCCCAGUUUGCUGAGAUCUCUGAGAACCUACGAGCCAGAAGCAUGAAGGAUUCCAAAGAUCAGACGACCAAAAACUCUUUGGAAACUCUGCUCUACAAGCCCGUAGACCGAGUGACCCGCAGUACCCUUGUCCUCCAUGACUUGCUGAAACACACACCUCUCAGCCACCCUGACCAUCCCCUGCUGCAGGACGCCUUGCGCAUCUCCCAAAACUUCCUGUCUAGCAUCAAUGAGGAGAUCACGCCCCGGAGGCAGUCCAUGACUGUCAAGAAGGGUGAGCACCGACAGCUCCUGAAGGACAGCUUCAUGGUGGAGCUGGUGGAGGGGGCCCGCAAGCUGCGGCACGUCUUCCUCUUUACCGAUCUCUUCCUGUGCGCCAAGCUCAAGAAGCAGAUAGCGGGGAAAAACCAGCAGUAUGACUGCAAGUGGUACAUCCCGCUCACAGACCUCAGCUUCCAGACCCUGGACGAGGCCGAGACGACGGCGCCCACCAUCCCACUGGUGUCGGAUGAGGAGCUGGACGCCAUGAAGAUAAAGAUCUCCCAAAUCAAGAGUGACAUCCAGCGGGAAAAAAGGGCCAACAAAGGCAGCAAAGUCAUUGAGAGACUCAAGAAGAAACUCUCAGAACAAGAGUCUCUGCUCCUGCUGAUGUCACCGAGCAUGGCAUUCAGGGUCCACAACCGUCACGGCAAGAGCUACACGUUCCUGAUCUCCUCUGACUACGAGCGAGCGGAGUGGAGGGAGAACGUCCGUGAGCAGCAGAAGAAAUGUUUUAAGAGUUUCUCUCUCACCUCUGUGGAGAUUCAAAUGCUGACCAACUCCUGUGUUAAGCUCCAGACGGUCCAUCACAUCCCCCUGACCAUCAACAAAGAAGAUGACGAAUCCACUGGACUCUAUGGAUUCCUGAACGUCAUCGUUCAUUCGGCCACAGGGUUCAAGCAGAGUUCCAAUCUCUAUUGCACCUUAGAAGUGGAUUCCUUUGGCUACUUUGUGAACAAAGCCAAGACUCGUGUCUAUAGGGACACCACUGAGCCCAACUGGAAUGAGGAGUUUGAGAUCGAGCUGGAGGGGUCCCAGACCUUGCGUAUCCUGUGCUAUGAGAAAUGCUACCACAAGACCAAGCUCAGCAAAGAUGAUGGCGAGACCAGCGACCGGAUGAUGGGCAAAGGCCAGCUGCAGCUGGAUCCCCAGGUCCUCCAGGAUAAAGACUGGCAGCGCGCCAUCAUCGCCAUGAAUGGUAUCGAGGUGAAGCUUUCCGUGAAGUUCACCAGCCGAGAAUUCAGCUUGAAAAGGAUGCCGUCCCGCAAGCAGACCGGCGUCUUUGGGGUCAAGAUUGGCGUUGUCACCAAGAGAGAGAGGUCUAAGGUGCCUUACAUCGUGCGCCAGUGCGUGGAGGAGAUCGAGCGCCGGGGCAUGGAGGAAGUGGGCAUCUACCGUGUGUCGGGCGUGGCCACCGACAUCCAGGCCUUGAAGGCCGCCUUCGACGUCAACAAUAAAGACGUUUCUGUGAUGAUGAGCGAGAUGGACGUCAAUGCGAUCGCGGGCACGCUCAAGCUGUACUUCCGAGAGCUGCCCGAGCCCCUCUUCACAGAUGAGCUCUACCCCAGCUUUGCGGAGGGCAUUGCGCUCUCAGACCCCGUGGCCAAAGAGAGCUGUAUGCUGAACCUGCUGCUGUCCCUUCCAGAGCCCAGCCUGCUCACCUUCCUCUUCCUCCUGGACCAUCUGAAAAGAGUGGCCGAGAAGGAGACGGUCAACAAGAUGUCCCUGCACAACCUGGCCACGGUCUUCGGCCCUACCCUGCUGAGGCCUUCGGAGAAGGAGAGUAAGGUCCCCCCGACCCCGAGCCAGCCCAUCACCAUGGCUGACAGCUGGUCCCUAGAAGUCAUGGCCCAGGUACAGGUGCUGCUCUAUUUUCUGCAGCUAGAGACACUCCCAGCUCCGGACACCAAGAGACAGAGCGUCCUUUUUUCCACCGAAGUGUGAUUGCUGGAUUUUGUGCAGCAGGAACUUGGGAGAGCUGGCCAGAGGAGGAGGGGGCCCUGAGUGGGGCCAAACACACCCCUCAGACCCUGGGAGCCACAGCAGAGGAGGCCGCAGGGCCCGUGAGGGGCUGCCAGCUCUUCUCACCUCAGGUGCCCCAGGUCUUCACACCUGGGCCAAAGCUCUGGCCUCCCUGUUCUUAUCCCUCGGGAAGGGCUUGAGAGCAGAGCUGCCCCCUGCACAGAGGACACCAAGGGUUCUUAGGGGGCAGGAGGAACAUGCAGGGAGCCCUUGACCCCCUAUUGGAGGAGGGUUCCUUACCCUGAGGCUGCCUCCCACCCUGCUCCUUGCUGUCCUGCCUCCUCUUGGGGUGGUCCAGGACUUGCUGGGGGGCCAGGCAGGUGAGGCUCCCACCAACGCCCUUAGCUCAUCUCCUGGCCUUCUCUGCCAAGAACAGACUUGUCCUUCCUUAGCCACUGCUGCCGCCAGCGCUUGCUGACUGACUCCUUGUUCUCGCCUUGCAUCUGAAGAGACUCUGAUACUUGAAGCUCAGUCUGCCUGCUCUCCUCUGCCCUCUCUGGGGGCCCAGCCUGUGCUGAGAAGGGGUCUGAAGGCAGGCCCCAGCCGCUCUCUCCUCUCUGGGCUUUGCUGCCCUGGGCCCCUCUCCCCGGGGCCCUCUGGUCCUGGCCCCUGCCCCCAGCCCCCAGUGGCAGCAACAGCCUCACCUGCGCUGUGGCAGGUGAAAAGGUUUGGGCCUUCCCCAUCUCUUCUGGCGGCUUGUAGAAAUUGGGCGGCGACAUGCCCGCCCCUUCCUGCCCCCCUUUGUUCUUAUUUAUAUAGGACGUGGAAUGUUGAAUAUUAAACCACAGAUUUUAUUGUG